UGCUUUCCCUGUUUAUGUGGAUUCCCAGGGUAGCCAGUUUCUCCCCUCUCGGCUUUCAGCUGCUUUGGGUAUUAGUUUCAUAGGAAGAAUUCAUUCUUUGGAGUAAAAUGGAGCGACUUCUUUUCCCAGGGGCACCAGCCCCUCUGCUUUUGCCCUUCUGGAAGUUAAUAUGUCACUGAAAAGCAAGCCCAGGGUAAACACUUCUGCACUGCAGAAAAUCGCCGACGACAUGAGCAAUUUGAUAGAAAAUCUUGACACACGGGAACUCCACUUCGAGGGAGAGGAAGUGGAAUAUGAUGUGUCUCCCGGUGACCCCAAGACUCAGGAAGUGGGUAUCCCGUUCUCCGCUGUUUACAAUACUCAAGGAUUUAAGGAGCCCAACAUCCAGACAUACCUCUCUGGCUGUCCCGUAAAAGCCGAAGUUCUAGAAGUGGAACGCUUCACAUCCACAACAAGGGUGCCAAGUAUGAAUCUGUAUACUAUUGAGCUAACACAUGGGGAAUUCAAAUGGCAAGUCAAGAGGAAAUACAAGCACUUUCAAGAAUUUCACAGAGAGCUGCUCAAGUACAAAGCCUUUAUCCGAAUCCCCAUUCCCACCAAAAGACACACAUUUAGAAGACAGAAUGUCAAAGAAGAGCCGCGAGAGAUGCCCAGUCUGCCCCGCUCAUCAGAAAACAUGAAUCGCGAAGAACAGUGCUUUGGAAGAAGGAAGCAGCUGGAAGAUUACUUGACAAAAAUACUAAAAAUGCCCAUGUACAGAAACUAUCAUGCCACGACAGAAUUCCUUGAUAUAAGCCAGCUGUCUUUCAUUCGUGAUUUGGGACCAAAGGGCCUGGAAGGAAUGAUUAUGAAACGAUCUGGAGGACACAGGAUACCAGGUUUGAAUUGCUGUGGCCAGGGACGAGCCUGCUACCGAUGGUCAAAGAGGUGGCUAAUAGUGAAAGACUCUUUCUUACUGUAUAUGAAACCAGACAGCGGUGCCAUUGCCUUUGUCCUCCUGGUAGAUAAAGAAUUCAGCAUUAAAGUGGGGAAGAAAGAGACAGAAACGAAAUACGGACUUCGAAUUGAUAAUCUUUCAAGGACACUUAUUUUGAAAUGCAACAGCUACAGACAUGCUCGGUGGUGGGGUGGAGCAAUAGAGGAGUUCAUCCAGAAGCAUGGCACUGACUUUCUCAAAGACCAUCGGUUCGGGUCCUACGCUGCCAUCCAGGAGAACGUUUUGGCUAAAUGGUAUGUGAAUGCCAAAGGUUACUUUGAAGAUAUAGCAAAUGCCAUAGAAGAGGCAGAGGAAGAGAUUUUUAUCACAGAUUGGUGGUUAAGUCCAGAAAUCUUCCUGAAGCGUCCCGUGGUCGAAGGAAAUCGUUGGAGACUGGACUACAUUCUCAAACGAAAAGCACAACAGGGGGUGCGGAUCUUCAUCAUGCUUUACAAAGAAGUGGAGCUUGCUCUCGGAAUCAACAGUGAAUACAGCAAGAGGACUUUAAUGCGGCUGCACCCCAACAUCAAGGUGAUGAGACACCCAGACCACGUGUCGUCCAGUGUCUACCUGUGGGCUCAUCAUGAGAAACUUGUCAUCAUUGAUCAGUCAGUGGCUUUUGUAGGUGGGAUCGAUCUGGCUUAUGGAAGAUGGGAUGAUAACGAACACAGGCUCACAGAUGUGGGCAGUGUGAAGCGGGUCACCUCAGGACCAUCCAUGAGCUCUCUCACAGCAGCAGUGACAGACUCUAUGGAAUGCCUAAGCCUCAAGGAUAAAAACGAAUCUCAUAAAAAGGAGCCCAUCCUGAAGAGCCCUGAUGAUACAGACAUGAAACGGAAAGGGAUAGGCAAGUCCCGGAAGUUCUCCAAGUUUAGCCUCUACAGGCAGCUGCACCGACACCAUCUGCAUAAUGCUGACAGCAUCAGCAGCAUCGACAGUGCAUCCAACACUGGCUCCAUCCGCAGUGUGCAGACAGGAGUGGGUGAGCUUCACGGGGAGACCAGGUUUUGGCACGGGAAGGAUUACUGCAACUUUGUCUUCAAAGACUGGGUUCAACUGGACAAGCCUUUUGCUGAUUUCAUCGACAGGUACUCCACUCCCCGGAUGCCCUGGCAUGAUAUUGGCUCUGUGGUCCAUGGGAAGGCAGCUCGUGAUGUGGCCCGUCACUUCAUCCAGCGCUGGAACUUCACGAAGAUUAUGAAGCCAAAAUACCGCUCCCUGUCUUAUCCUUUCCUGCUCCCCAAGUCUCAAACCACGGCCCAUGAGCUGAGGUAUCAGGUACCCAGCUCUGUCCGCGCCAGAGUGCAGCUGCUCCGCUCUGCUGCCGAUUGGUCUGCUGGUAUAAAGUACCAUGAGGAGUCCAUCCACACUGCUUAUAUCCAUGUGAUAGAGAACAGCAAGCACUACAUCUAUAUCGAACUGCUCCGCUCUGCUGCCGAUUGGUCUGCUGGUAUAAAGUACCAUGAGGAGUCCAUCCACACUGCUUAUAUCCAUGUGAUAGAGAACAGCAAGCACUACAUCUAUAUCGAAGAUUAUGGUACAGAAGAGAAAGAAGCUACAAUUCCCACUUUCCUGACAAAUUCUGCUUAUUGUGCAAUGUACAGCUCUGCAGUGGCGGGACCCAGCGCUCCCAGCCCUAAAGUGUGGACAGUGUUGGAAGGCCGGCGGUACCGGGUGUACGUUGUGAUUCCGCUGCUGCCCGGCUUCGAAGGAGACAUUUCAACAGGCGGAGGAAACGCUCUCCAGGCGAUAAUGCAUUUCAACUACAGAACCAUGUGCAGAGGAGAAAACUCCAUCUUUGAGCAGUUAAAACCAGAGCUUGGUAAUCAGUGGAUAAAUUACAUAUCAUUUUGUGGUCUGAGAACACAUGCAGAGCUUGAAGGAAGCCUGGUCACUGAGCUGAUCUACGUCCACAGCAAGUUGCUAAUUGCAGAUGAUGACACAGUCAUCAUUGGCUCUGCCAACAUCAAUGAUCGGAGCAUGCUGGGAAAGCGAGAUAGCGAAAUGGCUAUCAUCGUACAGGACACAGAGAAGGUCCCAUCGGUGAUGGAUGGAACAGAGUACCAAGCUGGGCCCUUUGCCCAAGGACUUCGGCUACAGUGCUUCAGGGUUGUCCUUGGCUAUCUUUCUGACCCAAGUGAGGACCUUCAGGAUCCUGUGAGUGACAAAUUCUUCAAGGAGAUUUGGGUUUCAACAGCUGCUCGAAAUGCCACUAUUUACGAUAAGGUCUUCCGCUGCCUUCCCAAUGAUGAAGUGCACAAUUUAAUGCAGCUGAGAGAGUUUAUAAACAAGCCCAUAUUAGCAAAAGAGGACCCCAUUCGAGCAGAGGAAGAAUUGAAAAAGAUCCGUGGGUUCUUGGUGCAAUUUCCCUUUUAUUUCUUGUCUGAAGAAAACCUGCUGCCUUCUGUUGGAACCAAAGAGGCCAUUGUGCCCAUGGAGGUCUGGACUUGACACACUCCCUUGCAGCUCAAGGAACCCCAACCCGAAGAGCACAUUGCACAUAGUAACUCUCUGGGGACCUCAUAGCCAAAGCCAGGUCUGACACACUCUUGUGUCCACUCCAUGGACCCUUUGGAGUGGCCAGGCAGGGUGGUGGUCAUAGUGAUGCGAAGCCACAGGACAUUGGCAAGGCUUUAUUUUCCUGCCUGUCCCUGUGAAAGAGGCUAGUUCUUGUUGAUAGCAUACAUGCAAUGUCAGACACAGAAAUUCCAUUUUAUAAACCAAAACCCAUUUCACUUGCUAACAAAAAUCUACCUGUGUGAUCCAAGCCGCCAAAAGUUGCCUGCAUUGUCUUUUUCUCUCACAUUCAUCCAUGCAGCAGGGGUCUGCCAGACAUGCCCUCAGCGUGUACUCCGUACAGCACUGUUUAAGAGACUGAAAGAUGUCAUGGAGCUGCUCCGAGUCCUCAAGACUCUGAAUGAUGCCUCGACCCAUCUGGUUCUGAAGUAAGCGUGUUUACCACACAGGGACUCACUCCGUCCUUUUCAGGCACUUGUAGGGACAGAACGGACUACCCAGCAGUCCAUACUAGGCCCUUCCGAUACCACUGACACUGUGUCAAGACACCACCAGGGAGCCAUUAAUUCCAAUACUGAAGCAGAGAUUUCCCUUGGCUCCCAAAGGCACUGCCGAGAUGUGUCCUUCUGACUGAGCUGGAUGGUCAAAUCUGUAAACAUGUAUAGGGUAUAUGAUUAUUCUGAAACCAGAUAAAAUGCAGGUGCCAUGUUUGGAAACCUCCAAGGUGUCAGUAGGAAUCCAAUCCAGACAAAGGAGAAGGUUCCUUACAGUACCCUAGAAUUUUCCUGUCAUCUUUAGCCGGUGGAUUGAUUGAAAAUUUGAAUUUCUCCAUAGUCAAUCCAGAGAAUGCAAUUUGUCUUCCAAAGAACAGAAGGCCUCAGAACUCCUAAGUUAACAAGCAGGAACCAAAUAUCAUUUGACCUUCCUUUCUCCCACUUCUAUUAUCUUCUUUAGGGAAGGAAGUAACUGAUUAUAAAAUACGUACUGUUUUGCUUGCACUGUUAAAUAUACGUUAACAUUCCAACAGGGCUUCCAAAGAAGCUAGGGUGAUUAGUAAUCCACACUGUCUAUCAGUCGUGGAAAACUGCUUUCCCUUUCCGAGGGUAUUGCAUCCUUUAUAGACCAAACCUCAAAGCUCCUCUCUCAUCCUGGGAGUAUCAGUGGUUCUCAGAGGCCUGGGACCCAUAUACGUUGUACAUGGUGUAGGUGCACUGAUUGCAACAGGGGAUUGCUGGGGCAGAGUCUCCUUUGGAAUCCUCUUCAAAACAAGCCACAAGCCCUGUUCUCAUGAACUAAUACUCCAGCUGAAAAGAAGACAUACAGCCACAAAACCAGAGACAGUCACAUCCAAGAGGGAAUAUCGCCCCAGAGAACAUUUCACAAUGAAGUAGGGCUUUGUAAUCGACAAUGGAAAUGAAUGUUUCUAAGAAUAAAUAACUUAUUUCUUAUAUGGCUGAAGAUGGUAAAAUGAUUUCAUUCUACAAGCUUUAUAAGACAUUUUCUAUUGGUAAAGAAGGUUAAAUUCCAUUUGAAGUAUGUUUUACUUUAAGACAUUUUUAAAACCUUAAAACAGCACAGUGGCUCUUGGUUUUGUGCAUGAUGUUCUCAGAAAACCAUUUUUAAAACGUCUUGAAAGAACCCCUAAUAACUCAUUGACUCCAGUCCCUCCCCAUUUUAUAAAUGAGGAAACCAAGGCUCAUAUAGCUUAAGCCCACCUGAUAGAUGGUCGAACUGCAGUUAGCAAAACUGCUACAGCCUGUGAGUGGUUUCCCUUCAUGAUUGCUCCAGAGUGAGACUAUGUAGUCAAUAGGUUUCAGACAGGGUCUUUUGAUGCUGUUUUAAACCCUGUGAUGUUACAUAUUUAUGUAUCUAUUCAUCUCGGCCUACUAGAAUGGAAGCUCCACGGGGCAGGAACUCCACAGUAUGUUCUUUACUGUGUCUCCAGGGCCUGAAACAAUGCCUGACAAAGAGGAGAGGCCAAUAAAUGUUUGUGGAAUAAAUA